GAACAAGAAGUGUGAGUUAGAGGGAGUAGUGUGUCAUGGAGACUCUGCGGGUAUUGGAGCUUUACAGUGGGAUAGGAGGGAUGCAUUAUGCUUUAAAGGAAAGUGGCAUACCUAGCCAGGUAGUGGCUUCCAUCGACAUAAAUACCACAGCCAAUCAAAUCUACAGGCACAAUUUCCCUGACACCCCCCUCUGGAACAAGACCAUUGAGGGCAUAACACUAGAUGACUUCAAUAAAUUAUCUUUUGAUAUGAUUUUGAUGAGCCCUCCUUGCCAGCCUUUCACCAGGUUAGGACGUCAGGGUGACAUUCAUGACCCCAGAACCAAGAGCUUCCUCUUCAUCCUUGAUGUUCUGCCAAGGCUGUGCAGGCUGCCCCGCUUCAUCCUGCUAGAGAAUGUGAAAGGCUUUGAGAGCUCUGCUGCCAGGGAUUGUUUGGUGAAAACACUGAUGGAAUGUGGAUAUACUUUCCAGGAGAUCAUGGUCUCACCCACAAGUGUUGGCAUCCCAAAUUCAAGACUACGUUAUUACCUCAUUGCUAAGAUUACAACAGAAGACCUUAGUGCCCAGACAAGUUCAAAGAUUUCAGAUGCCUUCCCUCAUUCUGCUGAGAGUGGUUCCUCUGGGCAGCCCACAGUCUUGUGUCCUACCCGCACAGGUACCUGCCAGCCAGAAGAGGGUCACGUUCUGUAUAAACUAGAGACGGCAACUGAUGCCCAGAGGAAGAUGAAUCAGAACAGCAAUCUGUCUGUCAGGCAGAUAAAAGACUUCCUGGAAACACAGAUAGAAGUGAACAUGGAAAACUAUCUCCUUCCUCCUAAAACACUGCUGCGAUAUGCUCUACUCUUGGACAUUGUUCAGCCAACAUGCAGGAGGUCUGUCUGCUUUACCAAAGGUUAUGGACGGUAUGUGGAAGGAACUGGCUCAGUGCUGCAGAGCUGUAUGGAAACAGAGAUGGAGAGCGUGUUUACUGGUCUGGACCAGUACUCUGAAGAAGAAAAACUCCAGCGGCUGUUGAAAUUAAAGCUCCGUUAUUUUACUCCAAGAGAAGUUGCCAACCUCAUGGGUUUCCCUCAGAGCUUCUCCUUUCCAGAGCAAAUCCCAGACAAGCAGCAGUACAGAGUUCUAGGAAACAGCCUGAAUGUUGUGGUGGUGGCCAGACUCCUACAACUUCUGGUCUACUAGCACUUGGGAUGUGUCUCUGAAGGAGGAAACCAUUUUAUUUUUUACUAUGGAUGAUUUUAUUUUAUUUAUAUAUUAUAUUGAGUGCUCUCAGCCCAGUGGCUGUGCUUGAAAAAGUAGAGUCUAGUUUUUGCUGGGGAUGUUAACUGGUCAAAUGUCAGUCACUGGUUAAAAACAUGUAACUUCAAACAGUACAUGUUUCUUUUGGCUGACUUGAAUAUGUUUGUUAUCUAGAGAACAAUAAUACAUUUUUCAAAAUAAAAAUAAAAACAUAAAAAAAACAACCUGUAAAGUACAUAGUUUUGUUUUUUAAUAUCAGUUAUUCUGUGGUGUAGAAAUGACACAAGCAUAUGGAAAGUUUGUAUUUCUUUUAGCAGGGCAAAAAUAAACUUUUUUUUUUUUUUUUACAGGAGUCUAAUGAUGUUCUUUGUGUGUGCUAAGGGACUGCUACUGUAUUUACUGUACUUAAAUUUUGUGAUUUGUAAUACCAGCAACACUAACUAAAUCUACUUGCCUUUCAUGAUUUUCAAUUGUUAAAAAUAAGCAUUCAUGAUGUUAACUUGCUUCCUGCAAGGGAGCCGGAACAUUUAUCCCUUAUUUUAUAUCUCUAAUGUUUGAGGAAGGACACUUAAAAGUGACAUCCAUCUAUUAAUCAGAGCACAAAGUCCAUACACAAACAUGCAUCCAUGACUAUCAGACUGGCGAUAUUUUGGGUAGUCUAAAUUUAACUGUGCUAGAGUGGAGCAGAUGGCAGAAAAAGGCCAAUGUUUCCAACAUGUGACGUGAAAAUAAAAUGCGACUGCGCCGUCCCAUAGCUCUGACCCCUGUAGUCAUGAAGUGCUUUGAGAGGCUGGUCAUGGGCCACAUCAAAGACUUCAUCAAUGUCACUGUGGACCCCCACCAGUACGCCUACAGGAAGAACCGCUCCACUGAUGAUGCCAUCUCAUCAGUGGUCCACACAACCCUCACCCACCUGGAGAG